AUGCACUUCUUGAUCCUGGCCACGGCGCUCUUAACGACCGUUUGUGCCAACGAGCUUCGCCUGUCCCCCAGGGAUCUACCCCCGCCAAUUGCAGCAAAUGCGAGCAGUUACACUGACUGUGCAAACGCAGCAUGGCCGCCAUCGGAUGUAGGAGUUGAAUUGGUCCCGCAGGCGCCUAACGACGAGCUCAAGUCGAUGUUGGACGAAGUGGACGCGGCUAACAUCGAAGCUUCAAUCGAGAAGCUCGUUUCUUUCGGCACCCGCCAUACACUUUCCGUCCAAAACGAUACCAAACGCGGUAUCGGUGCCGCUCGAGACUGGCUGGAAUCCGAGUUUAAGAAGUAUGCAGAGGAUUCGGAUGGGAGGAUGACGGUUACGGUACCGGGUUAUGUUCAAGGCGUAGCUUCGAGGAUUCCGUUCCCUGUGAAGAUUUCGAAUGUGUUAGCUACCAUCAAAGGUUCAACUGACCCGUCGAGAGUGUAUGUCAUUACGGGUCACUAUGACAGUAGGGUUACAAACGUGUUGGAUUAUACCUCUGAUGCGCCUGGGGCCAAUGAUGAUGCGAGCGGAGUAGCUUUGGUACUCGAACUGGCACGGAUCCUUGCAAAGAAGCAACCUAAAGCCACAAUCAUCCUGGGCGCAGUAGCCGGAGAGGAGCAAAGCCUCUAUGGAUCUACGUUCCUGGCCCAAACCCUGAAGAACUCAAGCACGAACGUGGAAGCCAUGCUCAACAAUGAUAUCAUCGGCUCAUCCACGGGAGAUCGAGGACAGAAAGACCCAUUCACGAUUCGAGUAUUCGCUCAGGGCCCACCUCUGAACGAGCCAACUGACGUUGCGGCCCGGAGAUUGCAGAUAGGAGGGGAGAAUGAUUCUCCUGCACGAGAACUCGCACGGUUCUCGAGUGAGGUAGCGGCCAACGAAGCUACUGGGAUGAACAUAGCAAUCAUUUACCGUCUAGACCGUUUCCUUCGAGGUGGAGACCACUCUCCGUUUCUACAAGCCGGAUAUGCUGCAGUGCGAUAUACGGAGCCGAACGAGAACUUCGCCCAUCAACAUCAAGACCUCCGCGUGGAGAAUGGGACGCAGUACGGCGAUCUCAUCGAAUUCGUUGACUUUGAAUAUAUAGCGCGGGUAUCAAAGGUCAAUCUCGCAACGCUGUGGUCAUUGUCCGAAGCGCCCGGACAAGUCAGGAAUGUGACUGUCGACACCACUGCGUUGGACAACAAUUGCAGGCUGAAAUGGAUAGUGAGUGACAAUGCAGAAUUGGCCGGGUACGAAGUCGUCUGGAGGGCUACGACGGCAAGUUUGUGGACCCAUGUUGUUGAAGUUGGCAAGGUUGGAAGUGUGACGCUACCUCUGAGCAAAGACAAUGUCAUAUUUGGCGUGAGGGCAGUGGGCAAUAAUGGAUACAAGUCGCCUGCAACUUACCCAUUCCCAGGCUGA